AUGAAGAUGAAGAUUCCGGAGAUGAAAACAGCACGGAAUCGGACGAAAAUGCCCCUGAAAAAAAUCAAGAUUCUGGACGUGUUGGUGAACAGCCUCGGAGAUCCGCACGCACGCCCGAAAAGAAACGUAUCGUAUAAAGAAAAUGUAAAUGAUAAUGAUCACGAUCAUGAUCAUGAUGACGAGGCCGCUCCGUCAAAAAAGCGGGCCCCACACUCGGGUACUGCAAAACCGAAACCCGAAGAUAUGUUUUGGGAAGCGGAGGUUCGGGAACCGGUCAAAGAAAGUCAAAAUCAAGAAUCUCAUUCUAAUUCCGAUGGUAAGAAAGGCGAUGUUGAGGACCUGGAAUCAGAAUCGGAACCGGAACCGGAAGCAGAAGAUGAACCGGAAUCGGAUCCGGAAGUUUUUGAGUGUCCUGAUCCGGAGUUUAACGACUUUGAAAAAGACAGAAAAGAAGACAGUUUUACCCCUGGGCAGAUAUGGGCGCUUUAUGAUACCGAGGAUGCGAUGCCCAGGUUCUAUGCUUAUAUCCGGAAGGUUCAAUCGCCGGGUUUUAGCCUACAAAUCACAUGGCUGAAACCGGUUCCAGAAACCGAUGAUGAAACGAAUUGGGUUGAGGAAGAAUUGCCUGUUUCUUGCGGGAAUUUUAAACGCGGGAAAACCGAUAAAGCGGAAGAUCUUCCGAUGUUUUCACAUUUGGUGACUUGGGAGGAGGGUAAAAAGGGAAUUUUCAAUAUAGUUCCGAGAAAAGGCGAGACGUGGGCCCUAUUUAAAGACUGGAAUAUAAACUGGUCUAAUGAUGGAACCGGAAAGUAUGAAUACGAGUUUGUUGAGGUUUUAUCAAAUUAUGAUGAGGGUAUUGGGUUUCGGGUUUCGUAUUUGGUGAAGUUGGCUGGAUUCCGAUGUCUUUUUGGCCGGAAAGAGGAUGGGGAGAUGGUGAUUCCGGAGCGUGAUAAGUAUAGAUUUUCGCAUUUGGUUCCGUCUUGUAGGAUGAGUGGGGAAGAACGGGAAGGUGUUCCGAAGGGGUCGUAUGAGCUUGAUCCUGCGGGUCUGCCGGCAUCAGCAUUUGAGUAG